GAAAAGAUAAGAUUAAAGGUUUUCUGAGAAGCUUUAAAGUCAAACUGGAGUCCAUCAGGAAAGAAGGAGGGAAGGAGGAAGGGAGGGAGAGAAAGAGGGAGGCAGAAAAGGGGAUGGAGAGCAGAAGGGUUAGCUCCCUCCCUCAAUCCAAACUCUUCUCUCACACACAGUGAGGCUGCUCUCUGCAAUACUGAUCUCACGAUUCUGUCAGGCCCCUUUAUCGAGAUGUUGGGGUUCCUCGUGUCUGUGACCCCCCUACUACUUCUGUCUGCCCUGACCUCCCCCGCUGAAGGACAGCCUCGAAACCGUGGCGUACCCCUCAUCAAGCUGCGGCUGACCGGGGAGACCAGCAAGCCCAACGAGGGCCGGCUGGAGGUCUAUUACAACCGAACCUGGGGCACCGUCUGUGAUGACGAGGUGGAUAUCAACCUUGCGAACGUAGCUUGCAGGGAGCUCGGCUUCGAGAACGCACAAACCUGGGCUCACAGCGCCAGGUACGGGGUUGGCAAAGGUCCAAUCUGGCUGGAUAAUGUACGCUGCAAGGGCACUGAGAAGUCACUGGCAGAGUGCAGCGCCAAUGACUGGGGGAUCAGCGACUGCCAACACACAGAAGACUUGGGCGUGAUAUGCAGCGAGGAAAAGCGCCGUGUGAUUGGUCAGCAAGGCGAGCGCCCUGUCAACAUUGCUAGACAGGGUGGCAGCGGAGUGAAGAUUGAGGAGGUCCGUCUCCAUCCACUUAUGACUGGUGCUAAGGGCCGCGCGCCCAUCAAAGAGGGCGUGGUGGAAGUGAAGCAUGCUGGGAGGUGGCGGCAGGUGUGUGAUGUGGGCUGGACCCUCAACAACAGCAGGGUGGUGUGUGGCAUGCUGGGAUUCCCAUUAGAGGCUCAGCACAACGCCAAGAUGUACAAAAAACUUUGGGAUACCAAGGUCAACAAUCCAAAUACCAGACUCGGCAUAAUGUCCCGGAAGAAGAGUUUCUGGGUGGAGAAGGUGAGCUGCCAUGGCAACGAGCCCAGCCUGUCAGACUGUCGAGUCCAGCUCUCUAUUUCCCGCAACAGCCCCCCCUGCAGGAAAGGCAUGCACGCCAUCACACGCUGCGUCCUGGGAGCAGAGCUCAGCAACGCCCUGAACACAGGCCGCCAGACACACUCCCACAGAGAGCCCUCAGUCCGGUUGAAGGCGGGCGCUCGGCUGGGCGAGGGUCGCGUGGAGAUGCUGCGUGAAGGGAAAUGGGGCACGGUGUGCGAUCACCAAUGGGACCUGGUCUCUGCCAGCGUGGUGUGCCGGGAGCUGGGGUACGGCACAGCAAAGGAGGCCAUGAGAGGAGCGUACAUGGGGCAAGGAUUGGGCCCCAUACACAUGAACGCAGUGCAGUGCAGUGGGCAUGAGCGCUCCAUCACUGAGUGCUACUUCCAGGACCUGGCCACCAGGGGGUGCACUCACUACAAUGAUGCCUCUGUCAGGUGCAACGUGCCUAAGAUGGGACUUGACAGCAAGAUUCGCCUGGCAGGGGGGCACAGUCCUGGGGAGGGUCGUGUGGAGGUGCUGAUGGAGGUCGGAGGUCGGAAGCAGUGGGGCGCGGUGUGCAGCGAGUCCUGGGGUCUCAACGAGGCCACGGUGGUGUGUCGACAGGCGGGCUUUGGAUUUGCCUCACACGCCCUACAGGAGACGUGGUAUUGGCAGGGGGACCCAAGUGCCAGUGAGGUGGUGCUGAGCGGGACCAAGUGCUCCGGGACCGAGCUCUCGAUCCAGCAGUGCCAGAAGCACGGGCAGGUACACUGCCCUCGAGGGGGCGGGCGGCGUGCUGCGGGGGUCACCUGUAGUGAGACGGCCCCGGACCUGAUUCUGAACGCUCAGAUGGUCCAGGAGUCUGCAUACCUGGAGGACCGGCCGCUGCACCUGCUCACCUGUGCCCACGAGGAGAAAUGCCUCUCCUCCUCCGCGGACCACAUGAACUGGCCCUAUGGGCAGCGGCGCCUGCUUCGCUUCUCCUCGCUGAUCCACAACCUGGGCAAAGCUGACUUCCGCCCACGGGCAACUCGAGAGUCCUGGAUCUGGCACCAGUGCCACAGGCACUACCACAGUAUCGAGGUGUUCACACACUAUGACCUCCUGACCCUCAAUGGCAGCAAAGUUGCAGAAGGUCACAAGGCCAGCUUCUGUCUGGAAGACACCCACUGCCCGGACGGGCUGCAGAAACAGUACGCUUGCGUCAACAUGGGAGAACAGGGCAUCUCUGUGGGUUGCUGGGAUACCUACGGACACGACAUUGACUGCCAGUGGGUCGACAUCACGGAUGUCAAACCAGGGGACUAUAUCUUCCAGGUUGAAGUAAAUCCUCACUUCGACAUGGUGGAGUCUGAUUUCACAAACAACGUAAUGCGCUGCCGGUGUAAAUACGAUGGGAAUCGGAUCUGGAUGUACGGCUGUCACACAGGAGAUGCAUAUAGUGAUGAAAUUGAGGAUCUGUUUGAGCACCAGAAUCGGAUCUCCAAUAACCUGAUUUAAAUGUUCACCCUGGAAAUGCCCGGCAGAACCUGGAAUCAGGAAUGGAUAGAACUGGAGCUUGAAUUCGGGACUUGGACGUUUACCUCAACACGUGUAACACUAACACAAAGCACAGCAGUCGUCUUGUGAUCAGUGGGGAAGUCAAAUGGAUUUAGAGUGACAAAGGUUGCUCCUUUGGGCUACAAAAAUCCAUGGUGAUCUCUGCUCUAGGAUUUGGAAAUCUUUAUGCCAGUGUCUUUUUCAGUAUUUUCUAUUUUUAUUUUUUAAUGCAUACAGUCCUUUAGUACAGAGUAACUUAAAUAUAUAUAUGUUUCUGGACUUUGUUUUACAGCCUGUUUCUGAUUCCUUAUUGAAGUACUUUAUUUAAAUGUUCUCUUGUACAGAACACAAGGAACAGAAAUAGACCUAUUGAAUGAAUAUCUGUGAAAGAAAAUCCAGAUUUUCUCUUUGAUUUCUUUGGGUCAGAGGACAUGAGUAAAUAUUACACUUUAUACUCAAAGUGUCAGUCUUCAGAUAAUUCCAUUUGUAUAUAGCUCAAGUAUUAUUUUAAUAUUUUCUCAAUAUGGGCUACUGCUUUACUCCGAGCACCAUGUUGUCAGGAGAGCCUAAAGCUUCUACAGUAUCUUGAAACAAACUACAACUACUUUUAUAUGUCACUGUGAAUUCCCCAACAGAUAGUCACUUCACACAAGUGUAGCAAUAAGUGGGGGAACAUUUUCAGGAAUUAUACUCUCAGGAAGUGAUGUCAUACUUAAAUCAUUAAAGCACUAGAAUGGCAAUAUUCUGCAGUUCCUCACUGAGGCAAAGCAGAGAUUUGAGGUAAAUAUUUGAGUACAGCCUGUUUCAUAAAAAGGAAAGCUAACCAUACUUUUUAUUUCAACGAGGAGAACUUCCCAUACCUGGACUUGCUUUAUAAGAAAUAACAUUUGUUUAAAAUAGAUUGUUCUUUUUUUAACUGAAGCAAAAUUGCUGUUAAAGCAAUACAAAGUGCAUUUUAUGAAACCACAAACAGCCUGGUUAUAUAAAAAAAUAAAAUAAAUAAAUCUAAUUUGACAGCAGCGUCAAAACUCUAGUAUAUUAUGAGUUCUAUGCACUACAGAUCCAGGCAUCCUGUUAAAUUAAAUUAUACAGACUUGGACAAGGCAACAUCAAAACAAAAUCAUAUUCUAUUAGAAUUUUCCCCUUUUUUAAGUUGAUAAUCUGUAGCAGGAAUCCCACAAAAUGUGUUUUCUGUUUUAAGAGAACAAUGUUUUUAACUUAAAAUACACUUUGUAAUUUGUACUUGGUAGUUGUUUUUGCUUCUUAUUCUGUGCAAAUAUACUUUAGUACAGCAUACACUUGACAGUUUUAUAACAUUCCUUGAUUUUAAAUCCAGCUAAUUUGUUUACACUUUUAGAGUUAUUGAAUUUUAGAAAUGUGUUUAUUGUAUCCAACCUUUUGAAUUAUACAAUGUUCACUGUAGCUGAAGACAUCAGCUUUUAUUUAUUUUAAUCAAAAUACAUUCUGGCAAUAUGUUAACCAGUCCAUUUAUAGCAAAUAGUAUCUAUAGAUUCAAGUUUAGGCAAAUGGUUAUUUUUUUUAAUUGGCUAUUUCAUUACAGAAAACCCAUAUACUUAACACUUUUUUUUUUUUUGUAUUUACUCAACCUUGCUGUUGAAAAUGAUUUGUAUACAUAUUGCUGCGUAAAACAAAAAAGAAACUCCUGAUUAGUUCUUCCCUGUCGAGUUUCUGUGAAAGCAGUAAUGUUUACAUUAAACACCACAAGUUCCGGAUUUAAAAAUCACUUCUGUGCUGUACAUUUGAUAGUCCAGUCAUUUAUGCAGGUCCGUGGAUGAACCACAACACCUUCAGUCAGUGAUGUCUUAUCCACAAGAAGUGAUGCAAUCCUUUCUGGAACAGAUUACACUGGUACUCGUGCAAUAAAAUCGCUUGCUGGACAUGAAUGCCAAAUUGUGUUUUUUUUUUUUUUUCCUUUAAACAAACCUGGCUUAAAAUUAGAUUUUUUUUUUUUUAAAUCUAUACGUUUUUGACUGUAUUAAGGGCUUUUCAUUAUUUAUUUUUAAAUACUGUAUGACUUCAACCAAAUACUUUCUAGUUUGUUACUUAAUGCAAAUAAAUAAGCAUUUUUAUUUAAAAAAAAAAAAUCAAUGUUUGCUCUAUAGUAAAUUUUAGACUGUUCAACAUCGUGUGGGGAAAAUGCUAAGUACUAACUCUACAGUACAACAAGAAUGUCCUAAGCUCCAUUUCCACUGCCCAGUGUUACCCGGUACAGGUGCAUUCAUGUAGAGCCCACAAUUAAAGGUAAGAAUUUACACUAGUAGGAAUAUUUAAUUUGUGCUAAAAACACUAAAAACGAUUACCAGCACUCAGUCUGGACAGUGGAAACACAGCUUUAGAUUCUCACCUGUUGUAGAAGAAUUUUCCAGGUGUCCCUACACACACCUACUUUAACAAUAACGUGUAAUCAAUAAAAUAAUCUGAAGCAAUUGGAAAGAGUUUGAUUGUGU